AAAGACAUGUUGAAACAUCCUCCUCCCUCAGACUAUUGCCGGCUCUGUGUAAGAAACUGCAGUGAUGACCAACGCAGCCUCUAUGAUGAGUCAGGUCAAGCUAACGCAAAUCAUGAUCUUGUGGGCAAAUAUUUUACCAACACAAUGUUAAAUAUGGAAUGGGAGAGACGACUUCAAUACAUCUGUUGUAAAUGUUGGCAGCAUAUCUGGGAGUUUCAUAAAUUCCAAGAGUCCAUUAUUGAGGCCCAGAAGGGCCUACAACUGCAGGUAGAAGCGACAAAAGAAGUUGAGGAAGUUAAGAUAAAGUCUGAGUUGAAUAUAAAUCAGCAGGAAGCACAACUGGAGUUGCAUAUAACCCCUACAUUAAGCGCUAGCAUGGAAGAUUUAAUCAAACCUACCGCCCUUACCUUUGAUAUAAAAACUGAAGAACCUUUGGAUCUCAACAGUGAUUAUGAAGGGAUUUCGUCUCACAAUGAGCAGGACCAUUUAACGGAUGAAAAAAUGUCUCUGAUGAUGUCCAAUAGCAAAGAAUAUUCAUCCUUACGGAAUGACGAUGAGUCCAAUGAAGAUUUUAGCUUGAGUGAUGACAUGCCCUUUUUAUCUUUGGAUCAGACCAACUAUUGCUAUUCAGAUAAAAAAGUUCCUACUACAAAAAAGUCAGUAGAUAAGUUUGAUGAAAUGGUAGCUUCGUGGCGUUCCUCCUUAGAAUGUGAAAUUUGCCAUCAGCGGGUGGCCAGCUAUUCCCAAUUGAAGGAACAUUUUAGCAAAAAUCAUGCUUCAGAAGGAUGUUACCUCAUGUGUUGCCAAUUGAGGCUGGAAACUCGUUCCCAUAUUGACAGACACAUACGCUAUCAUAAUGCCCCGCAGCAGCUAAAAUGUGAGGCCUGUUGCAAAGCUUAUCGUCAUGUGAGAUAUUUAAGAAUACACAAACGAAAUUUCCACACCAGCAAAGGAGGAAACAAAAAUGCUAAAGACAUUGAAAAGUCGGAAGGAAAAUAUCACUGCUGCAAAUGUUCGAAGGAUUUUGCUACGGAAAAACAUUUGAAUCAACACAAUCGUUAUAUCCAUAAACUCAAGAACUUGGAAUGUAACUUGUGUGACAAAACGUUUUUACGUCCGGAUAUACUGCGCGAGCAUUUGGCUCGCCAUAAAGGCGAUAAGACGCAUGCCUGCUCCGUAUGUCCGAAGGCAUUCACCUUGCGAUCUAGUUUCUGUCGACAUAUGAGCAAAUUUCAUCCCCGCGAAUGGCAGACGAUACAAAGCGAGGCGGCCCAAAAAGAGAAGGCCCAAAAAGAAAGUCUGAAAGAGUAUCGGCUAGAAGCUCGAGGAAAUUCUAUGGUCUAUGUUUGCAUUUAUUGCUCCGUCGAGUAUGACAAGCCCUCUUCCAUGAACAUACAUAUCAGGCAAUGUCGACGAGAUGGUGGAACAAAAGAACAGCGUAAAAUGGAGUUUCGGCUUGAAACCCGGGGAGAGAGUAUUGUCUACAUUUGCAUUUAUUGCUCUAAAGAGUAUGACAAGCGGAUUUCCAUACAGCAUCAUAUCAGGCGAUGGCAUAGACCUAUAGAGCCUAAAAAGGGAUAUCGGCGAGAAACUCGGGGAGAGAGUAUGGUCUAUGUUUGCAGUUAUUGUUCCAGGGUGUAUGAAAAACAGAUGUCCAUAUACGGCCAUAUUAGGCGAUGUCAAGGUUACUAUAGACCAAUAGAGCCUAAAAAGGGGUAUAGGCGUGAAAAUCGGGGAGCGAGUGUGGCCUAUGUUUGCAUUUUUUGUUUAAAGGAGUAUGCAAAGGCGCAAUCCAUGCAUUAUCAUCUUCACCAUUUUCAUAGAGACGAAGCAUCUUUAGCGAAACAGGCACCAAUAAUUUCUGAACCCAUAGUACCAGCUGUGCAGCUGCAAAGAACUCGAGUUAGUCAAGAAACACUUAACACUAGGACUAUAGGACCGAAGACUAUUGAUGUAACCAACACAACACCCGAUGGUAAUACCUUAAAUGAACUUGGCAAAAAAGGAGAAGAAGAUUCAUUGAUGACCCCUAUAGAGGGAAAAGUAUGGAAAAAUGAUGAAAAUACAACAAAGCCUAAUGUGAAGACCGAACACGUUUCAGCUGGCAUAAAUGCCUUGGGAAAUGAGCAAAUGGAUGAACAUGAAACGCAACAAGAAUUAAAAGAUUCUACUUGGGAAAGUGACGAAUUUAUAAAAUCCGAAGAAGAAUUUAUUGAGCUAUAAACCUUUGACUUUAGACCUUAG